AAAUAUCGCGACAACAAGACAAAGUUACAAAUCGCUUUCUGAUUGGUCCGGAGUCACUGUUGUAAGAUGGCGCCCAGCGAAAAAUGAUUGUUUAAGGGAAAAGAAAAACUAAAUAGCUUGCCACUUGGAGAACAAAACACAAAAUAAAGAAUCAACCCGCCAGAUAGAAAGAUCCCUCACACUGAGGAAGAUCCCGUUGGCAGCAAUGAAUAACUCCCUGGAUGGUACAGGCUCCUAUGAGGAGCUUGUGAGGCAGAAAGCUAGGAGCAUCCCUCAGCAUCGCAUGAAGGAGUUCCUUGAAUCCUUGGCCAACAAGGGUCCAGAUGCCCUGCAGGAGUUCAGCCAGCAGAGCGGAGAUGCUACAACUACCACUACUACAAUGGUCUAUCAACAGGAGGCUAACUGCAUCUACACAGACAGCACAGAGGUGGCAGGAUCAUUGUUGGAACUGGCUUGUCCGGUUCAGGUGCAGGUCCAGCCGCAACAGAUACAGGAGUCAACAUCUCAGCAGCAAACUGUACAACAGACUACGGAGCAACAGAUAGUGCAGGUGCAAAUCCAGGGUCAGCAGCAAGGUCAGAUGCUGAGUCAGGUGCUCCAAGUGCCCUCUGGCUCCCAUCAACAGCUUCAAGGAUUGACCACUGCACAGCUGAUUCAGCCUGGGGAACUCACGGAGGAGCAACACCAACAGCUGCAAGCCCAGUUGGUGGCAGCUGUUGCAGGAGGACAACAGAUCCAAAUCCAGACAGUGGGUGCCCUCUCUCCCACCCAGCAGCAGGACAACACUGAGAGGCGGGUACUGGGAACAACCAUUGCAACAUCCCAGGGAGCAGGUGUCCUCCAGCCAGCCAAGAAGCGUAAGGUCGACAUGCCCAUCACCGUGUCCUAUGCCCUGCCUGGUCAGCAGGUGGCAACAGUACUAGCUAUCCCACAAGGACAGGGCCAGCAGCAAAGUUACGUGUCCCUGCGGCCAGACCUGCUAACUGUGGACAGCUCCCACCUGUACAGUGCUACGGGCACCAUCACAAGUCCCACAGGGGAGACCUGGACAAUCCCCGUCUAUUCUGCUCCUGCUGGUUCUGGAGGCCGCGAGCAGGUCACACACAUUGCCAUCCCUCAGGCCUACGGCACAGUACAGGUGUCGGGUGCAAACACUACGACAAUGACCACAAUGCCAACACAAGUCACUAUUGAAAACGAUAAGCUGAAAAACCCUGCCAGCCAGAGUCAGACAGCGCAGGCUGUCUCCAGCAUUACAAGCUCUGGAGGAAUGGGAGGCCAGGAGGAAGUGGUGCACACGCUGGCUGCAAACACACUUUUCCCUGCCCAGCUGAUGAAUGGAAACAUCCACAUCCCAGUGGCAGUACAGGGCUACUCCAACGCUACACAGUCUCUUAUCUGGGAUCCACAGCAGCAGGUGCUGCACACACAGGGGCUAUCAGCGCAGGACACACAACAACUGCAGGGUCAGACAGUGGUAGCAGAGGUAGAUGGUCAAGGCCAGCAGCAAGUGCAAGUGCAGGUGCAGGAGCUGCUGUUGCCUGCCACUCUGAAGCCGGAGGAGGGGCUAGAUGUGUGGCGGCUUUGGGCUCAGCGGAAAAAUGCAGAGAUGGACAAAUUAGACAAGAAUAAAUUAGCACCCAUUGGCCGGCGCCAGGCAUUACGCUUCCAGGAGGACUUGGUGUCAUGUGCUGUAGCUGAGCUCUGCAUUGGGCUCUCUUUGAUGACAACAGAAUCUAGAGGGCUGGAAGGGGAGUCAUAUGAGGCUGAUGUUCUUUACUAUGUAUUUCUGUGCAUACAAAAAUAUCUGUUUGACAACGGUCGUGUGGAUGAUGUGUUCUCGGAUCAGUACUAUACACGCUUUGCUCACAGUCUGCACCAGAUCUUGGAUCCUUGGAGACCUUCUAUUCAUCCACUUGGUUACGUUAUCCCCAGCCAUGUGACAGAGGAGAUGCUGUGGGAAUGUAAACAGCUGGGAGCCCACUCUCCCUCCACACUGCUCACAACUCUAAUGUUUUUUAACACAAAGUAUUUUCAGCUGAAGACAGUGGACCAGCAUCUAAAAGUGGCCUUCUCUAAGGUUCUGAGACACACCAGGAAAAGUCCCAACAACCCCAAAGACAAAAGCACCAGCAUCCGGUACCUGAAGUCAACAGAGAGGUUCAUAGGACAAAAAGUAACAGAUGACAUGUACUCAGAGCAGCUGGAGGACCCAGAGAACCCGCUACGAUGUCCAAUCAAACUCUAUGAUUUCUACCUCUUCAAAUGUCCGCAGAGCGCCAAAGGUCGCAACGACACCUUCUACCUGACUCCUGAGCCCGUGGUGGCUCCGAACAGCCCCAUCUGGUACUCCACGCAACCCAUCCCAAAAGAACAGCUGGAGCAGAUGCUCGCACGCAUCCUCGUCGUCCGUGAAAUCCAGGAAGUAAUUAACAUGUCGGAGAGCGUGCACUAGUCAGAAAGGAGAACAAUGAAAGGACUAGACUUUUCCUCUCUCUUUUCACCCUGCCUUUGAUUGCUCAUUAUCAGUGGUUUUCUAUUCUCUCACACCCUCCUGUGGUCUUUAAGGGUGGUAUGUAUAUGUUUAUAUUCAUUAUAUGUCAGCAUAUCUUACACAUGGACUGUACAUACACAUUCAACCGAUACAGAUAUCAGUUUGUCUUAAUGAGGCAAUCUGUCUACCGUUACCACCGUUUUUUUUUUCCUUUUUGUUUUGCCAAAGGAUGUGGUGUCUAAUCAUUUUUAUUGGACCUGACCUGAACUCUAAUUUAAAUCAUUUUUAACUGUUGGUUCCCCUCACUGAUUGUCUGGAACAGUAGUUCAUUGUCUGUCCUUGUUUAGUUUUAAUCUGUAAUAUAUUUCAUUUAUAUAUUUUCACUGGGGUUGGCCUGCACUGUGCUGCUUUUCCUAGACAAUGCUCUUCUUUCCCUCAUCUGCCUUUCUCACUGUUGAGUCUCAGAUCGAAUACCACAGUGGUAUCAAGACUGUAUUAUGUAGCCAGAAAUAGGCUAAAAGCUCAUUUUCAACACGUGUGUUUUACCUGCUUCUUUGAACGUCACUCUUGUCUGUCUUUAGCAGAAAUCCAACAGCGAUCUCUUGUUUAGUUAGUGAAUGCUGCUUGGGCGGUAGCACCCCCUGUUGGACUGGCCCGGCAGCAUUAAACCACAUCAGGACAAAGACUUAAUUGCAAUACAGCAUCAUCACAAAACAUGUGGCCACUAGCACUUGCUAACACAAUGAAGACGAGCAGAUGUAGAAAGAGGACGACCGCUGCUGGAUCCUUUUUUUUUUUUUUUUUCUUUGACCAUCACCGACCCCAAAACUCACCCGACGAGGGAUCUAUUGUAACAUACAUGUUUAUUACAUGACAGAAGAAAGACUCUUAAAAAAAAAAAAAAAAAAAGGAGUGAGUUGGCCCUUAAUGUUCUAUAAUGUAAAAUACUCAUAGCUCCUUCAUGUACUGUAAUGGGUUUCAGUCAUCCAAGGAGAAUGGCAGUGCCUGUGUUUUUGAAACAUGACCUUUUUUGUACAGCCACUA